AAUCGAUUGAUAAGCGUUUUAGCUUUAAUAGUUUCUACAACCUUCUAUUGGAUCUAUCGAGUGUCUUCUCCUUUAUUAAGGAGAUUAAGAAAUAAAAAAACUCCGGUAGAAAAACUUAAAGAUGAGCUUGUAGUAGCACGAAAUUAUGAGGAAUGGAUUAAAAAGGCGCAAGAAAUAGAUAUUCUUUUAGACAAUGAUAAAUGGAAAUUGGAUCCCGCAUCUCCGUAUUAUGACUAUAAUCUUAUUCAGUACCGAUUAGGUCAUCUUAAACAAGUUAGGGAAGGGAAUGAUGUUUCAUCUAUGAUUCAUAUGUUAAGAGCAGGCCUUUUACGUAACUUGGGCGGUUUGAAUGACCCUCGAUUGUUCAGUCAAUCAUAUUUAGGAACAAAGAAGUUAAUCGAAGAUUAUACACAAGAGGUUGCAACUCAACUCGAUUAUAUUAGGCAGUCAAAUUUUUCAGAUGUUCCUCAGACUUCUAAGAUCGAUUUCUUUAAUGAUACUCGUCAAAGUUUUGGCUGUUCUGCUUUAGUCCUUUACGGUGGAGCAACUUUUGGACUAUAUCAUCUUGGGGUUGUGAAAGCACUUCAUGAAAAUGGAUUGUUGCCAAGGGUCAUUAGUGGAACUGCAGUUGGUGCUUUUAUAGCUGCUCUCGUGUGCAUUCAUACUGAUGAAGAAUUACCAAAAAUCUUUCAACCUGGUGGAGUUGAUCUGGAAGCUUUUAGUAAAGUUGGAAGUAAAGGCAAUGUUCACAGAAAAGUCUCUCGAUUACUUAAGCACGGUUAUUUAUUGGAUAUCAAGGUUUUAGAAGAUUGUGUUCUUAAAAAUGUUGGAGAUUUAACCUUUGAGGAAGCAUACGCGAAAUCAAAACGAAUUCUUAACAUUACAGUUUCAUCCACAAGGAAAUUUGAGGUGCCCCAAUUGCUAAAUUAUUUGACCGCACCCAACGUUUUAAUAUCAAGUGCGGCUUGUGCUUCAGUUGCCAUCAUGGGUCUCUACGAUAAGUAUGAUUUGAUGGCAAAGGAUAAAAAUGGAAAAAAAAUCCCAUGGGCAACAGAUGUCAAAUUUAAGAAGUGGACAGAUGCGGUUCCAUCGGAAAGUGAAUCUCCGCUAGCAAGGCUUUCAGAAUUAUUUAAUGUUAACCAUUUUAUUGUAUCUCAAGCAAAUCCUUUUAUUGUUCCAUUCAUGUCCCGAGAACAAACAACGCGAUCUAGUUUUUUGGUUAAAUGUGGAUAUUUUUUAUCAACUGAAAUUAAACACCGAAUAUUCCAGCUUGAACAACUACGAAUUCUACCACGAAGACUUCGUGGAAUUGUUGAUGAAAAAGUAUCAGGGGAUGUCACUAUCGUACCUUCUAUUUCCUUUUCUGAUUUUAAAACCUUGUUUUCUAGUCCAACACACGAAUCAUUGGAUUAUUGGAUACUAAAGGGAGAACAGUCUACAUGGCCUUUAUUAGCAUUAAUAAAGAAUCGAUGUAUUAUAGAGAUGGUUCUCGAUAAAGCUUAUUUAACUUUGAAAGCAAAUCCAAUUGAACGAAGUAGUUACUAUCCCAAUGCUAAAAAUAAUGGAGCACGAAAACGUACUAAAUCUCUUGCUUGA